GUGGGGCCAGCUUGGCCUUUGUGAUGAUUCCUUUUAAUUUAAUGAAGGCCGAAGGAGGAAAAACCGCUUAUAUUGACACGGGCGCUUGGUCGGAUAAGGCCAUUAAAGAAGCCCAACGAUUAGGGACGACCGAUAUAGUGGCCUCUUCCAAAGAUAAAAAUUACAACUAUAUUCCGAAGGGAUACCAUAUCGGUUCGGGCUACGAUUAUGUGCAUUGCACAUCCAAUAAUACCAUUUUUGGUACCCAAAUGAAAGAUUUCCCAAAAGUCGAUGCGCCAUUGAUUUGCGAUAUGUCAUCGGAUAUAUUGAGCCGUCAGUUGGACUUCGCUCAAUUUGAUAUGAUUUACGCAGGGGUUCAAAAGAACAUGGGGCCUGCAGGAGCCACCAUGAUUGCCGUAAAAAAAUCAAUCUUGGGUCAAUCUGGGCAUAAUAUCCCCGCCUAUUUGGACUUGGAACAACACAUCAAAAACGACAGCAUGUACAAUACCCCUUCGGUAUUUGCAGUAUAUACCAGCAUGCUUACUUUGGAGUGGUUGGAUGCCCAAGGAGGGGUGGCGGCUAUUGAAAAAUUAAAUCAAGCCAAAGCCAAUUUAUUGUACAAUGAAAUUGAUUCCAACCCAUUAUUUAAAGGCACUACCGAGAUUGAAGAUCGUUCGCCCAUGAAUGCUACUUUUGUGUUAACCAAUGAAGCCGCCCACAAAGAAGCCUUUGAUGGUUUGUGUAAAGAUGCGGGCAUCAGCCAAUUGGCGGGUCACCGUUCGGUUGGAGGUUAUAGAGCCAGCAUG